GUUCAAACACAAAGGAGGUGUUGGGGGGUGGGAAUUAUGCUAAUGUCGUGUGGAAGGACUAAUGUAUGAAUUGGAAAAUGCUGACAUACACAAUUCCGCUUUAGACAAGAUAUAAAUUGGACGCCGAACUGAGACUUAAUCACAGCAAAGAAGAAGAAAGACAGAGAUCAUCAUCAUCAUCAUCAUCAUCAUCAUCAUCAUCAUGAAGACUCUUUGCUUCACCCUGGGACUGCUGCUACUCACUGUCUGCUGCUGCAACGCCAUUCCCAGAGGAGUGAGCUUCACAGCACCUCGGACCUGCUGCCAAAACUUUUCCACACAAGAAUUACCAUCAGAGCGUGUGACCAGCAUAACUGAAACCGACAGAUCCUGUUCGAAGAAGGCAUUCAUAGUCCAAACAGUUAAAGGGAGACAGAUCUGCUACAGCAGGACCUUCAAGUGGGCUCAGGAUGUCUACAAUCUGCUCCACAACACUGAGUAUUAGACAUGUAUUAUUGUGUAAUAAUAUAAUAGUGACAUAACCAUGUCUGGUUUUGCAGAUCUAAAUGGAUCUGAUGAUUUUUUUUAUAUUGCUGUAAAAGCCAAAGUUUUUUCUGAGGACAGUUUGCAUUGACUAGGGUUACUGUAUCUCAGGUUUAAAAAUGUUGGCCCUUGAAACAAUCAGAUGUGGAUUAGUCAUUUGCUGACUGCAGCUACAACACUGUUUGCAUAACUACUUAUGAAUUAAUUUCAAGUGUGUGAAUGUUUUAAAAUCUGUGAGGGUUAUGAUUAAGGAGAUACUGCACAGAUAAAUGUGUUUUUUGAGCUGUGAAAUAAAAUUUUAAACGGUU